AUGUGGACUCAGGGCAUAGCCCCAAAUACAAAUACUUCAAUUCACUAUGAAACAAACCAUUUAACGCAAAAUCUUCGCUCACCAACUGGAAAUGAUCAUUUACCUGCCAAUUUUCAGGAAAUCCGUCGGUCUGUUCCUGGCCGACAAGAGCAAUUUCAGCUUUGUGACCGUGAUCUGAUGGAGCUUCGUGGUCGUUGCGCACAACUAGAAAAGACCGUUCGGUGGUGGUCUGAUUGCACAAAUAAUUGGCGAGAAAAGUGGUCGUGUGUUCGGGAUGAACGCAACCAAUUAAGGGAAGAAUUGCAACGAACUAAAAUGGCUCUUAAUGCGCUUCAAAGACAAAACGAAGAGCUUAUUCAUCGGUUUGAUGAAUUUUCUUUUUCGGAAAAUAAGGACGUUACUCAAACUCUUGAUCUUAUUCUUGAGCCUACUAACCCAAAUGAUUCUCCAGAGAAGUCGAAAGUAGAGCAAUUGGAACGUGAAAACUCCGAAUUAAAGGACCAGCUGGUUUUACUGACUCAGCGUCUGUCUAGAUCAGACAAUCAAUUUAAGCUUCGUCCUCGGUGCAGCCGAUCUUCGGGCGCUUCUUCGUGCUCGGGAUCACGUAGUCCUUCAACUUCGGGGUCGGGGUGCUCAGAUUCACAUUCUGGUUCAGCAUCUCAUUCUGGAUCAUCCCAUACCAGUCGAGCAGUUUCUCCCGAUCAUCCUAAAUCUAAUGAGAAGUCAAAGGUGGAUCAAUCCUUUGCCCAAACCGCUAAAUCGUGGUCCAUGUAA